AUGGCGGCGGAAUCUAAGCAACCUUUCAAGGUCAUUAUUGCAGGGGGUUCGGUGGCCGGCCUCACACUCGCCAAUGCGCUUGAGCGGGCUAACAUCGACUUCGAGCUUCUCGAAAAGCGCGAUGUUGCACCACAACUCGGCCAGUCGAUCCUCGUACUUCCUUGCACCAACCUGAUCCAUGAACAGCUUGGUAUCGACAAGCAGACCCGCGAGGUUGGCAUUCCCAUAGGAGUACGGGAACACUGGGAUGAUCGGGGCAAUUUGUUCUGUUCCUCGGACGAGCUGAUCCAGCUAGAGCGUGUUCAGAAGCGGCCUGUGUAUUUCUUAGACCGCAAAAUCUACCUACAGAACCUGUACGAUGGCCUGAGCAAAGUAUCCAAGUCAAAGAUACGUGCUCAUGAGGGCGUUGAGUCCAUUACCGAGCACGAUCAUGGCAUGACGGUCAGGACCGACAAGGGCAAUAUUGUCGAGGGUAGCAUCCUGGUUGGUGCGGAUGGUGUCCACAGCUGGGUGCGCCAACAGAUGGCUCAGACAGUUAGAGACACCAAUCCGAAACAAGCAGAGGUCCUGGCCAAGGGUUUCAAGACCAGAUAUCGUAUUCUCACAUGCACGUCGAAUAAUUACUUUGCCAGUGAUCCGACACGGCCUUUCCUUAGGGAUGGUGUUAUCAACAACACAUAUUAUCCCGAACAUGGCGUUGGUGGUCUCAGUGUUGCCGGCGUCAAGGGAAGGAUUUUCUGGGCAAUUUAUAUUGCUAAUGAGAACGAGGCGAUUUACCCCAGCCCCAAGUAUGGACAGGCAGAUAUCGACGAAGCUAUUAAGAAAUGGGGACAUCUCCAAGUUACGCCUGAUUAUACCUUCAAUGAUCUCUGGCAAAGCCUGUUAGGCGCCAGCAUGAUCUCCAUGGAAGAGGGCGUGCUCCCUACGAAAUGGAACUCAGGCCGCCGGACUGUCCUGGUAGGAGACGCUGUUCACAAGGCAACAGCAAAUCUCGGCAUGGGCGGAAACCUGUGCGUAGAUGAUGUAUGCCGCCUCGUCAACGGUUUAUAUGAGGUGCUCGAACAUACAGAGCACCCCUCCACAGCGGAACUCGUCAAAGUCUUCGAUAACUACGAACGCUCACAGCGACCCCGUGCCAAAUUUGUGUGCAAUGCCUCAGGUGUCUUUGCGGGCUUUGAGACGAUGAGUAAGUGGUACUCGCGCCUUGUCAAGCUCAUAUUCCCAUGGAUUCCCUCUGCAAUCAAGAUGCGCAUCUUUUCCACCUUCGAUAGCGGCGCACCCGUCCUGGACUUUUUGCCCAUGCCUAGCACAAGGUGA